CAAGAAGAAAAUAAUUCCUGUUAAUGAUCCCCGUAAUUCACGCAACUACGAGAAAGCGAGGGUAAAUAAACAUACGUGAAGGCAAUAUUGACAAUGCGUGUGGAUACAUAUACACGUACGUAACCCGUGCAGUUACCCCGGACAUUGUUACGCGAGAUUAUGGGCAGAAUAACGCGGAGCUCGACCGACCAAGAGAAGCCGCAGCGGAAACGACGGAAGAAGGACCUCAAUCGGAUACACUCGAAGAUCCUGCAGGCCAAGCAGAAGUUGGAUAAGAUUGGAAAGGGUGAUAACAAAGAACAGAAAAAGCAAGGCCGAGCAAAAAUCUGUAAUAGACUUUUGCCAGAACCCGUUGCUGGCAUAUACAGAAAUGGCGCAAAGGGUAAAGACAUUCAGAAAGCAGAGACAUUGGAAAAUACAUACCAUAAUGCCCGGCUAAAGGCAGAUGUGUUGGAACUUCUCAAUGGUGACACUCAUAAAUCUGAACGUAUAGUGGAGAUACCAAUACAGAAUAAAACUAUUAAACAAUCAGCAAAAAAAGAUUGCAUACAAAACAAUUUUGAAUUGAACGAACUGUGUAUUCAAGAAUUAAGUCCUGUUCUAGGAAAUAGACAAAGUCAAAAUCAGAAGCCAUGUCUUGCUAAAAAGAAAGGUGGAGAAAACAUCUUUGAAGACAUAAAUUUCAACAAAACUAAAAAACAAAAUAUCAAUGACAAAUCAAGACAUGUUCAAAAAGAAGACAUAUGUAAACGAAGACUGUUCCAAAAUGAUAAAGAGCCAUCAGAAACUAUUAUUACUAAUUUAACAGAAAUAUUUGAUGAUACUAAUCUUACAAAAGAAAAUAAAACUAGUGACAAAGAAACAGAAUUGAUAGAUUCCAAAAACAACAAAGAUUUAUUGUGUGACCCAAAAAGUCGCUAUAUGGAAUUCUGCAAAAUCUCUGCCAAAAAUUUUGAAGCAGAUAUUCUACAAAAUUAUUCCUCAGAUCCUGUUACAUCAACAAUUAAAAAAUUAAAACGUGUUUAUACUGAUUCUUUUCGUCAACAACUUUUGCGCAAAAAGAAGAAACAAGAAUUAGAAAAUACAAGCCCUACACAUUCUGUGGAACAUCAAGCUUGUGUAUCUUCGGACACUUCGCAAUUAUCACCUGUUGAAUUCGAAGUUCCUAAGUGUAGUAAAAACCAUGCUAUCGCAGCUCAUUUCCAAGAAGGUGUAUCUCACAAAGAUAACAAAUUCCAUUUAGUACAAAAUACUAAAAAAUGUGAUGGCACAAUGGAUUAUAAUUUUACAUCUUACUUAUUACGAAAUACUGUUACAUCUAACAGUAACUCAAAUAGCCUCGUUGUCGAAAAUUGCGAAAACGGCGAUAAUCAGUAUUCAAAACAAUCUAAAGACAUCUUUCAACUUGCGAAAUCAACAAAUCUUUUUAUCGUAAACAAAAAAGAUUCAGUCCAAAUGGAUUCUCAGAAAAAUCCUAACUACAUUAAUCAUCUUUUAAAAAAUAAUCGGCAUGAUAAAGUUAAUUUUUCUUUUGACAUUCCUAAUCAUAAAAAUUCACGACAUGUUGAUAAUAAUUCAAAAUUCUUAAGAAAGUCAAUAUGUUUAAGUGAUCCUGUACUAUCAAAGAGACAUUUUUCGAAUGAUUAUUGCCGUGAAAAAUUGCCUAUUACUGUUUCCGACAAUUGUGCAUCAAAUAUAUCUAAAAAAUAUAAUAACAAAAUAACAAAUAAUUGUGAAGUGAAGAAUGUUAAACGAGUACCUGCUAUCCUACGUCGAUGUGUCGACAUCCCCGUUAAUAAGCCUAAUCAUUCUGUAAAGAUUAAUGGUGAUGUGGAAGGCUUACAUAAGAAAUAUGACACUAACCUAUUCAAUAGAAGUGACGGUAUCAAAAAGGAAUUAUGUGAAACUGCAUUCCCAAAUUCAUACACAAGUUUUCCUACUCCUAGCAUAGUAAACGCGACAUUUGAUCAAACGAAAAUAUUAGAGCCUCAAAUUGGAUCGAUGAAAAUAAAAGAUUCGCAAGAAUCUCAAAUCGAACAAAUUAAUGUAAAUAUGCAUCCAAAGGAAUAUAACGAAAGAAAUGAAUUUCAUCGAUACGGUAACUUUUUGUAUCCGCGACCUUUUGAAGUUUCAUGUAAUACAAAUACUGAAAAAUUGCUUCAACAAGAACAAAUCUCACCAGAUAUAAGAAAAUCUUUUUAUCGUUCAAAUAAUUAUCACCCGAUUAAUCACCUUCAAAGCGCAAGUUUAUCUAAUUCCAAUGUAGAGCCAACAAAACAGUUUCCUCAACAAACUAAACAUGUGUGUGAAGCCAACAAGCAAGAGCUUUAUAGAAAAAAUAUUCGUGAUCAAAAUCAAAAUAUCCUUUUUAAUAAUGUUAAUGACAGAGCAAUACCGCCAAUAUUAAACAUCACCCAAAAUGUUCAAGCCGAAAAAAGAUCUGCGGAAUCAUAUCAAGAAAAUCGAUUUGGUAAAACAGACGUAAAGUGUACCAAGAACCAAAUUAAUGAAAAUACGUGUCAUUGCAACGAACAAUAUAUUUAUUUCGAUUCUGCCAAUUGUUCACGUAAAUAUAAGGAACAAGCGCAUCGUUGUCAUAAAGAAAUUGCUCAGCCUGAAAAUUUAUGCGACACAAGAGGCUAUAAUAACAGCUUAGAUAAUUGCAUUAAUUUGUCUAGUUCUACGCAAAAUGUACCGUUGUUAACACUGAGGCAAAACGAUGAUCUAUAUAUGUAUCCGAAAGCGAUCGACGAUCAGCAUCGUGCAGUGUUAUUGCAAAAUGUUACUCAACCUGUAAAAUACUUAGCUGUCGAAAAUGGUUCGAAUAUCCAAAAAAUUCCUGUGUAUAUAAAUGACAGAAGUGUUAGGGUUGCGGAAAAUGCCCCGUUGAAAGUAAUAGCUGUAAUGGAUCCAAGUAUCCAAACAAAAACAUUUCCGCAAGAAAUUGCGACGAAGGUAGUAUCAUUACAAACAGAUAAUUUGCACUUUAAUAAUUUUGCAACACAUAAGAUAAGCGAUCAAUCUUACGUAAAGCAUUUAAAUUCUGUGAACGCGAUAUUGUUAAAUCCAGAUUCGCAAUCUAAUGUGUGGUACGCUCCAAAUUUGUAAUGUAUACGUGAUUACAAGUACACCGUAGUAUACACCAACAUAGUUGAUCGUAGCGACACGGCACAUCGAUCAUAUUUCUUACGAGCAAUAUUGUAAUUGCAAGAAAUGCGUGUGCUUUCCCUUCCCAUACAUAUAAACAUUUGUUAUUAAGAUAAAAGUUAUAAGUCUGCCUUGAAAGGCAAAAUUAUGUCUAUUUAUUUUAUAGACUAAAUAUUUUGUGGAAAGAUAGGAACCUCUUGGAAAGAGGUAUGUUUCGCGAAUAAGAGGUAUAUAUAUUUUCAUAAAUGCUUUAUGAUACUUGCUAAUAAUUGAUACACACUACAUAAUAUAUAUGUGUGUGCGCGCGCACGCGUGUGUGUGUGUGCAUUUUUGCUUAUUUAUCUUUCUACAAAUGUGAAAGAUAAUAUACUUCUAGUACUAGGUAUUUUCUUAAUGAAUAAUUAAUAUUUGAUUUGGUAUGGAAAAUGAAAGUACAAAACUGCCUGUGAUAGUUGGAACAUAUAUGUAUUAUUAUGUUACCGUUAAGUCAUAAUUCUUGGACAUCAAAUGUUUAACAUAGGAGAAAUUCAUUUUCGUCAAUCUCACAGCAAUAUCGAUACAUAUAUUAGUGAAUUUCUGAAUAAGUGUGAUAAAGGCUUGUAAAUAAAUGUCGCAGAACGCAAAGUGUAUACGGCAGCAAGAUGGCUUGCUAAUAAAUCCCUAAUAUUUCCUAACUCGUUAGUUCGGAGCGGGUUAAUUGUGAAGCGCAAUUAAUUUUUUCACAAGAAUCUUCUGCUGAAAGCACUCGCUUUGCUUUUUAUUCUUUCCAUUAAAUUCGAAAUAAAUAUUUAGAGAUAUCGAUAUGACAACAUAGAGCGUGCACAAGGCGAGAAGGAGACGUCUCUUCGUGACGGUACGCGAUACCAGAAGACCGGAUCGACGUUGAUUCCAUUAUUAUUACGAUUCGCUUUAACGCGUCAACGUCGUGCGGAGCGAUUUGAUUAAACGCGAGUACAUUUUCUUUUACAAUCACUUAGGAAGUACUCUAGGAGGAAGUCUCUAGGUACACGUGCCCGUUCCUUGCCAAACGAUACGAUCGUUCGUUCCUACCGGUUCGGCGCGCGACGGCAAAGCCGCGUGUUUACUCUGGGAAUGAAGUAAAUAGAUCUCAGUCUUCAAAAUUACUUUAUUGUACCAAAAUAAAGUCGUUAAAGAGUUAAUUACGAUCUCGCGGAAAUCGCUCAAUAUGAAAUCGUAAUACAUCAUCUGUGUGUUGGUAUAUAGCUGGUAGAUGCUUAUAGAACUGAAAUUAUCCAAGUCGGGUAUUUUCGUGCGCCAUACACAGCGGCGUUAAAAUGCCAUAACUCUCUUACGAACUUUAUUUAUAACAUCCUAAAAGUUCGGACACCUUAAUUUGUACUUUAUGUGAGGAUAUCUUGGUUACGAUAGACCUUGCUAACCGAUUUUUAGUGUAGUUAGAACCAUGCCGUGUCCUCUCGGAGAUUAAGUCGAGCGGCCGUAUUCUCUUCUGGGAAAGAGAAGGAGCGAAAGAGGGAGGGAGAGAGGGGGAGAGAGAGAGAAAGAGAGAAGGAGGUUGAUAGAAAAAGAG